AUGGAUCCCUCAUUACAUGAACUCUGGCAUUCUGCUUCAGGCAGUCCGUUCCAACCUGCAGUAGGAAAGGGAAGCCAGUUCCUCGUCGGUUUUGUUCUUCUGCUUCUCGGCCUUGGCCUAACAGGUGGAUUCGCCUUCAAUCGAUCUUUGGUUGGUCUUCCUGUCUACGGUGUUCCAGCUGGAUUGGUCAUCGCUUCCCCAAUGGCGUCUCCCGUGGCUUCCGCUCCAAAUCAACCUCUGUUUCGAGCAGUCGCGAGUUCAACGAGGCAGAUCUAUCAGUUGUUGAAAUGCAUCAGCUUUGCGCCCAAGGUUGAUGUUCAGCUUACGCACUAUGGCAUUCGAUUCGCAGCCGACCAUUCUCGCGUCAUGCAGGGUGUGGCAUUUCUUGACCAAUCGCUCUUCACUAAAUAUACUCUUAAUUGGCCGGAGGAUGCGGAAACGACGCCACGGUUCCAGAUGAACCUCUCUGCGUUCUUAGAGGCUCUGCAGAUUUUUGGUGCCACUGAUGCAGCGGCCAGGGCAGCCAAGACUGAUGCAGACGCAUAUCGUAGCAACCUUCGUAAUUAUCGUCCAGAUGCUUUUAGUCAUCAGACCCUCGACAUGCCCGGGACAUGCUGUCUAGUCUACGAAGAAGAUGGGUCACCCCUCGGCGUUAUCUUGGAGGAAUCGGAUAUCAAGACGCAAUGUGAAAUUGCCACAUACACACCUGAGUCCCCCGAUGAUAUACCAUUUGACAGAGACGAUCUUUCUUUCAAGGUUAUCAUGCAAGCGCGAUGGCUCCUAGACAGCCUAUCCGAGCUAUCGCCUCUGUCACCAGCUAAAAUCGCUAUUUCUGCCUUACCAAAUGCCCCGUAUUUGAAACUUGCGAGCGGUGGAGCCAUCAGCAGCGCGAGCGUGGAUUUUUCAAACGGUCGGGAUCUUCUCGAAACUUUCUCCGUGCGAGAACCGUGGAUUCAGAGUUUUAAAUUCGACCUGGUCAAAUCUGCAAGUGAAGCAAUGCGCAUAGCAACCAAGGUCAGUUUCCGUGGGGAUGCGCAGGGUGUCCUAAGCCUACAAUUCAUGGUAGAAGGGGAGGGUGGUUUGACUAGCUUUCUUGACUUUCGGUUCGUUCCAUAUAUCACACAAGAAGACGAAGAUGAGUCUGAAUCUGAAAGUGACGAAGGUUAUUGA